AUGUCCGCAGAGCAGGAUCCGGCCUCGCUAAAACGACAGCGUGCGGUCGUAAAAGGGUCGUGCACGCGUAUAAGCACUUACGUCCAAGGUAUUUCGGUAGCAACGCCUUCCGUCGCGGCUCAACUCGAAGAGCGCAAAAUUAAAUUAAACGAGUACUGGUCGCAGUACAAUGAAAUACAGUCUCAACUCGAGUCGAUAGACGAGAACGAAAUCAACGACCGCGGUACUUUCGAGGAGGCCUUCUUCUCACUAUCCGCUAAGAUUCGCGAACUUCUCAAUCCCGUACUUGCGUUACGCGCCCCGCCGAGCUCACCGUCUACCUCGAACGCGUCCAAUCGAUCUGAGGGUCCAUUCAACGUACGACUGCCUAAAUUAAAUCUUCCAUCUUUUUCUGGCAAGUACGAUGAAUGGUUUCCCUUUUUUGACUCAUUCAAGUCGGUCAUACAUUCAAACACGUCUAUCAGCAACAUACAAAAACUGCAAUAUUUAAAAUCCUCCUUAUCAGGUGAUGCGAGUAACGUAAUACAUUCAUUAGAAAUUUCGGAAUUGAACUAUGACGUAGCCUGGAGAUUAUUGAGGGAGCGUUAUGACAACAAACGUGUCAUAAUCCACACACACAUUGAGGCGAUCAUGGAGUUGCCGUCUAUGACAAGGGAAAAUUUAAUUGAAUUACGGCGUAUUGCAGAUGGAGUCAACAGACAUAUACGAGCUCUUAACGCGCUCAAACGCCCUACAUCUCAGUGGGACGACCUGCUUGUUUACAUUGUAAGUUCAAAACUGGACGCAACCACACUGCGAGAAUGGCAAGCCUCAUUAGACGGAAUGGAACCUCCUACCUUCAAGCAGCUCAAUGAUUUCAUCAUUCAUCAAUGCCAGAUGCUCGAGGCCACGAGUAAGGCUAGCGACGUCUCAUCCAAGGACGCUCACAAGCGGCCGCAAUCCAACGCGAAGCGCCAAACUUCAUGUGUCGCCACCGUCAAGGCAAAAUGCAAUUUUUGCAAGGGCGAACACGCCAUGUACCAUUGCAAGGAUUUUUUGGCGCUGCCGGUUUCCCGAAGGAUUUCAGAGGUUCGUAAUCGUAAAAUCUGUACCAAUUGCCUACGAUUUCCGAGUCACGCUUUAGACCAAUGCACAUCUGGAGGUUGCAGAGUGUGCAAGGCAAAGCAUAAUACGUUACUACAUGCAGGAGAGAGCACGCCAAAGACCCACGACAGCAACGGCGAUAACACUGAUGCACCCAGGACGCCAAACUCCUCAUCAAUCGUGUCAGCACACGCGUCAACCAGCCACGGUGAAGAGUACACGAUGCUAUCCACGGCGCUGGUCAAUGCCUUCGACCGCAACGGAUCUACGAAGCCAUGCCGCGUUUUAUUGGACUCUGGUUCUCAAGCUAAUUUCAUCACCAUGGAAUAUGCACGAAUCAUUGGAGUGCCUCCACGCCCGCUAAAUACAUCAAUUUCUGGUAUAAAUAAUACAAAUUCGCAGGCUACUCAAGCGGUCAAGGUAAGGAUUCAAUCCCGAGUGAAUUCUUAUUCAAUCACAAUUGACUGCGUUGUCACGGAUCAAAUAACUGGUAAACUACCGACGCUCUCUAUGCAACGAAGCUCAUACAACAUACCUCGUAACCUCAAGUUAGCCGACCCACAUUUCAACGUCUCAGCCAAGGUCGACUUGCUCAUCGGAGCCGAGUUCUUCUGGGAGUUGCUUUGCGUGGGACAAAUCAAGGCCUCCACGGAGCACCCGACGUUACAGAAAACGCACUUCGGGUGGAUUCUGGCAGGGCGCCGGGACAUCGUGUCGUCACCUCCGCGAAAUAUACAUUCAUUCGCAGCAACUAUAUCGAACGUUCAAUUACAUGAUCAAAUAAAACGCUUCUGCGAAAUAGAGGACAUCACCAACGUUACUAGCCAUAACGCAGAUGAAGCAUAUUGUGAACAGCACUAUCUAACAAAUGUAUCACAAAAUGCACAAGGAAGAUACGUGGUCAAACUCCCGAUCAAGGACGCAGCGAUGACGAAAUUAGGAGAAUCUCGACAGAUUGCUUUAAAAACGCCUACAAGGCUUGGAACGGCGGCUUGCCCGCAGCCCUCAAUUAAGGGCUCAAUACUCGCAAUUCAUGGCAGAAUAUCUAACGCUCGGUCACAUGAGGCGAGUGGAUAUUACUGCAAACGAAGAUAUAAGAGCAUUCUACUUGCCUCACCAUUGUGUUUUCAAAACCUCGGAGCCUUCCUCGAAGAUCAGAGUCGUGUUUGA